AUGGCUCAAUGGUUAGGGCGCGAAUUUACCAACCAGUACGUCCGUGGUUCGAAUCCAAACUCUGCAUCUCGACUUCUCCUACCUAGGCUUGGGCAACCUGGCAGUAUCGCAGCCCUCGUUCUUCCUUCGGGUGGGACGGCAGCUAGGAAGCGAAAUGGUGUUACAGCGGAACGCGUAGAUUGGCUUCACUUACAAAACGAGACCCCUAUCGAAAUUCUAAAGUCUGCUCGUACUAACGACAAUGCUUCGAUAUAUUUCACGGCCUGUAUUCAAAAGUGUACGCCGUCUGGUGCCGUGAGUCGUCAGCACAGUGGUCAGAUGGAUCAAAGCAACUAUAGGUUCAAAAUCAGCCUAGGAACGCACUUGCCCCAACACACCAAUAGAGGAUGGUUCUUUUUUGGGGGCCCAGAUACGGCAGUUGGACUGGUUUCGGUUCACCAUCAGAUCGGACCGGGAUUGGCUGACGACAACAAACAGAGAAAUGGCCGCCAAUUUGAUCACUUAUUAUCACACCUUACAACCCCAUGGAUUCGUUCAGCUGUGGCACGUUUUCGGGGCCUAACUGCCAUGCCACCCGAAGGUUGCACGAGGGCUGAGAGACUGCCAGGUUGCCCAAGCCUAGACAGGGGAAGUCGAGAGGCAGAUGUCGGGUUCGAACCAUGGACCUGCCGGUCAAACACAGAAGUCAAGGGCAACUAUGAGAUUCAAAGCACAAUCGCAAAACUAUUUUCGGAUAUCCAGAAUGAAGAAGAAGGAAGCCCGAGGGCUGGGAUACUGCCAGGUUGCCCAAACAUACACAGGGGAAGUCGAGAGGUACAGGGUGGGUUCAAACCACGGACCUUCCGAUCAGUGAAUUCGCGCUCAAACCACUUGGGCCAUCUCGGAUAUCACUUUCUACUAAAGCAAGCUUCAUUUUCCGAUCGAAUAAGUCGGCUGCCGAUGGUCUAG